AUGCUGGGGGUUAUCUCACCACACGUGGACAACAACAAAAAUUCGCCCGGUGGUAUGGCGGCAGCAGCACCAACAGCAGCGUCUACCAGUACAACAUGCUGGAAUUGGGAAAGCACUGGUGUACCAUCAAUUAUCGAUUUCGACCCGCCGUCCCCUAUACCCGCAUACAGGAGUGCCAGCGCUACCUCCAUUUCUGCUGCCACGAUCAGUACUACAGCCAUGGAACCCGCAUCUCCAGUUUUCGACAUAGCUAACCGAAGCCCGCUGAACCAGGUGCGGGUAUACAAUUUCCCCAAUACGACUGCUUCACCGGGCCUACUGGUGGACUGUCUCACGUUACAUACCACUUCGAAUCGCUCAUCGAAUUUGAGCACAUCAUCCGAGUAUACUACGCUCGAUUCGGAUUCCACUCCGGUGUAUUAUGCAACUCUUUCCUCCCCGGUCGCCUAUUAUAACGGCCUGAGUUCCUCCAACCAUGGUGCACCACUAUCCCUUCCAGAACUGGUUCAAAAAGCCGGCCAGUCCACACAUGAUGUGUCGGCCGAAACCCUCAGUAACCCUUCGAUCCUGGAAAGCACUUGCACCAUAUUGCCGCCACUCGUCACGCCCUACGAGGCGACGAGGACUGGCAGGCACCAACCAAAUCGCGGGACAACUUUUGCUGAAGGACCCGUACUCCCAAAUGGGUUGAAGGAAUGCGGUGCCCCUUCACAUCACUGGGAUAUCAAAGAUGUGAAGCUGCCACGCCUUAGUCUAAAUUCGCGGAACCAAGUCAAGUCACGUGGAGAAAAACCUUAUGCAUCUGAAAAGGAAUUUUCAGCCGUUGCGAAGAUGAUGCGAGCUCUUUUGACGUUACCUGAAUUACCAAAUGUAGUUCCAACAUUUGAUCCGUACGAGUUGUGGCCAACCGGCCACUGCCGACGCAUCUAUUCACAGGCUUGCGAACGAGCACGUCGACACCAGAGUGGUUGGGCAAUGCGCAAUACAAACAAUCACAAUCCGCAAGUGCUGAAGAAAUCAUGCCUAGGCGUUCUCGAAUGCUCGGCCGGUUGUCUGGUUCACGGAAAGCCUCUCAGUCUACGGCCGGCCAUUUGUGAUAAGGCCAGGAAAAAACAAAUCAACCGUAUGUGCAUCACUCCGGGGUGUUCGGGUCGCUUGGUGCUGCGCAACUGUCGAGGCCAUAGUGGAUAUCCGGUGACGCAUUUCUGGCGAUUUGCCAACGGUGCGGUGUACUUCGAAGCCAAAGGUGAACACGAUCACAACCGUCCCUCUUUGAAAACCUUUGGUCUUUCAGAAUCCUACUCUUCGUUCGAUGUUGAUCUGACCACGUUCGGACGUUCUCCGGUAUCAAAGCGGUCUGGUUUAACAAACACUAAUCCUGGUGCGAGUUCACCAUUGACAGAUAACAGCAAGAUUGAAUCCGACGGUCUCCUGGAGGAAGAAGAAACCACCGAUGGAAUGGCGUUUUCAAUGCCAAGCCCAUUUGAACGUUUGAAGGGAAAGUGCAAGAAAGAUGUGCUCAUUGAUCCUAGUCCAUGGGUGAACAAUUCAUCGAAACAGGCUACAUCUUUGAAUAGGCUCUGCAGAGAUAAAAAGAACAAGGUGGAGCCCUUACCUACCAUACUAUUUGGCCAACCUUCCAGCUUGAACGAAGGAAUUUCUAAACGUUCGAAAAAAAAUCGCUGUCGUAAACCCUCAUUUGAGUCCAGUCGACCAGUCAAAUCAGACUCAGCGUUGCGUCAGGUCCCAAAGUGGUUCGCAGAACAUUCAAAGAGUUACCUUCAGAAACACGAGCCAUAUACUUAUUCGAAUUUGGACCUAUCAGGCAGUUUGAGCACAUCCACUGAACUUGGUUUAUCAUCAACUUCUUGCCAAAUCGAACAAUCAAACCAAUGGACAAUGCCUCCAGUACAUUUGCCAGUCUAUCCCGAAGGAGCUACAAAUAGCUCGGAGGCAAACCAAACCGCAUUCAUGCUACCAAACCAUUGUGCACCAUUUAAUGAAACGAUGAUGAUAUCUCCUUCAGCAUACGGGUCACCUUUCGUCAUGGACAUUCCAACCGGUCCGCCUAACAUUUGCUCUUCGCCAUUCUCCUCCCACUCAUCUAGGUGGUCAUCUUCCACCUCGUCAUUGUCCAUAUCUUCAAGUCGAACACACCACACCCCGACAAAUCUGUGUGCAUUCGGGAACGGCACCGUUCUAUCUCAAAUAAACGGAUUCCCCGGUUAUCCAGAUAUCAGUACAGAGGCUGUGGGCGGCGCAGUCUCUUCCUACAUCUCUGAUUCGGGGGCUAUGGAAACCUACGAACAAAAUGCAGGAAUGAUGGAUAUGAUUCAAUCAGAAAUGUCCUACCCUAGUGGGCGGAAUUAUGCAACGACCGUGGUGCAUCAUUCACACGCAACCUCGGAAAACUCGUUGUGGCCUGAUCCGAGUGAGAAUAAUUUUUCCAUCCAUUUUCCGGUUAAUGAAUUUCGGGAAGCUCGUAUGCACCAUGACGAAGUGCCCGGGUUCGUAGGGUACUCUGCGUCACAUGUGCAGUGCGAACAGCUCAAUACGUUAUGGAUUCCACCAGAUUCUUUCGAAAUUCAGGCUGAUCAUUCCCAUGGUUAUAACAUUUCGAAUCCUACGGAAACUUAUGAACCACUGCCUAACCCGCAGCAUAGCGCACAUGUAGCCAACGAGCAAUCACACUCCACUUUGUUCCAGUUGACGAAAAGCCAAACAUAUCAGGUCUGUCUCGACGAAACCCAUUCUUCUGAAACUGCACAAAACACGUCUGAUAUGAUUAGGAGAUCGGAAACUUCCGCGUCCUCACAAUCUAUUUCCUCAUCCAUUACUGGCGACGGACAGUUGUUCCCGCCAAUUCAUGUGACCAAUCAGGAAAGUGCUCCCUUGGAUCCAGUUGGUGAUUGGGACACAUACCCAACCACGUGGAUAACCCACCCAACCCUUCCCCCAAUUGCAGCAGCAGCUGCACAGUGUUCCAUAAACAACCAAUUGGAUGAGUUACCAAACCCUCCACUACUAACUCCUAUGACUCAACAUGUCGAUUUUGACAAAACACUUACCACAAUGAGUUCAAAUCCAACUAACUGGGUGUCUGAGAAAGAGAUAUCCGAAUGUACAGAUACCUGUAUAUAUGAAUCCUUCAAUUCCUACUAA